AACAUCAUAUUAUGAUGUAACUUCUUCUUGUACAUUUUUUAUUGUUGUUGUUACUAUUACUACUUUCUACCACUACUGCUACCAUCAAUCGAUCCGAUGAUGGAUUUUAUGGCGCGCAACGACGGCAAUCAUCUGCCGUCGGAUGAUGGAUCCGAUUCUUCAGAUUAUUGCUCUGAUGAUGAGGAGCAGUGCGUGGACAUCAUCAACGGCAGCCCCAGCAGCUUGAACGCAAGCGACACCUCCCCCAAAGACAAGUGCCAGAACUCCAACAAGUUUUCCAUUGACCGCAUCCUCGGCAUCAGUAAAAGUGAUGAAGAUGAUUCUUCCAAAGACAAAUCUGACGUGGUUCAGUGCAAUAAUCAUGAUAUUAAGUUUGUUAAACCUUUACCUCUACAACCAACAAGAGUGGCAUCCUUGUAUCAAUCUUUAGUAGAGAUUCCGGAAUUCAAUAGGCCAGAUCCGGCUCCACCAGAUUCAACUUUAAUCGACAUCAUAACAGGCUGCAAAUUAUCCCCAAAUCAAUCGGCCGACUCCGCCACAUCCUUUCACCCAUACAUUCAUCCUGGAACGUCGAGCUCCUCGAUACUCUACACAAAUUGGCUGGCCAAUGAACAGAAAAGAUCUAGUCACAUAUUUGGAUUACAAGGUCCGAAGCCGUCUAACCGGAGAUCCAGGAAACCUGGAUUGGAUCGAAAACCUAGGCAAGCUUACAGCGCUAAGCAACUUGAGAAGUUGGAGACGGAAUUCAAGAUCGACAAGUACUUGAGCGUUAGCAAGAGGAUGGAACUAUCGAAAGCUCUUAAUUUAACAGAAGUGCAGAUCAAGACGUGGUUUCAGAAUCGCAGGACAAAAUGGAAGAAGCAGUUGACGACCCGCCUGAAAAUGGCUCAAAGGCAGGGUCUUUUUGCACCCCAUUACUUCGCUCCAACCCCUCAACCCUAUUCCGCACUCUUCGCGCCGUAUUAUUCACCCCUCGUCUUCGGUAUGCCCAACAUAGAGGACUCCAAUUCGUCGGAAACUUCAAGACGAAAUAAUUAGCUCUGGUAAUUAACAUCAUCAGCUUCCACACGUUGUUAUAUAAACUGAUCACCGUAACUUGG